CCAAAGCAAUUAAUUGAAUUGUUUGAAUCAACCUGCCAGUGCACUGCCGGACGACACCUUACGACUCAUGUAUAUACAUUGCGAUUAGUUGAUCGAAACAAAACCAUCCAGAUGAGUGCGGCCGGCGCCGCCUGGGCCAGUUCGGCUCCUCGAUUAAUAAGAACCUCUAUACCAUGCCCUCGACAGUGUCCCAACUUUAGCCGCAGAGCUCAGACGAGGCAUCUUUCCUACUCCACGGCUUCCAAAAGACCAUCCUCUCGACCUUCUCCUUCAAGCCCUAGACGGAGCCCGGCUGAUCAGACACGAUUGUUCUCCGCAACCUCGGCGUUCCAAGCCACGAAAGAUCCUUAUGCCACCUUGGGCGUCGGUAAGAAUGCUGGAGCAUCGGAGAUCAAGAAAGCUUACUAUGCCCUGGCGAAGAAAUAUCAUCCAGACACCAACAAAGAUCCCACCGCGAAGGAAAAGUUUACGGAUGCACAGGCGGCCUAUGAACUGCUGAACGACCCUCAAAAGAAGGCUGCCUACGAUCAAUUUGGAGCAGCCGCAUUUGACCAAGGCGCUGGAUUCGACCCAGGUGCUGCGGCGGGCGGACAUCCUUUUGGUGGGGCGGCUGGAGGGAACCCGUUUGCUGGUUUUGGUGGAGGCUUUGGCGCCGAGUUCAACUUCGAGGAUUUGUUUGGUGCAUUUACUGGUGGUGGCCGGCGCGGACGUAGAGGGGGAUCACCGUUUCAGGAAGAGAUCUUGGUGGGAGAAAACAUCGAAGUGCAAACCAACAUCUCGUUCAUGGACGCCGCAAAGGGUGUGACGAAGAACAUCACUAUCACGCCACUUGUUCAGUGCGGUACGUGUAAAGGCAACGGAUUGAAACAAGGAUCACAGAGACAACAAUGCAAGUCAUGUAAUGGCACAGGCACCCGGAUACACGUGAUGCAACAAGGCUUCCAGAUGUCGAGCACAUGCUCUAGCUGCGGCGGGAGCGGAGUGACGAUACCAAGAGGUUCGGAGUGCAACACUUGUGCUGGGAACGGAGUGGUCCGACAAAGGAAGACGGUUCAAGUUGAUAUCCCUGGAGGUGUUGAAGAUGGGAUGAGACUGCGAGUCUCUGGGGAAGGAGAUGCCCCUCCAACGGGCAUGUCUGCGGGUACCAAUAUUCGAAGUCAACGUGGAGAUCUCUACGUCUUCAUCCGUGUGGCACCCGAUGCCAGAUUCAGUCGAAAUGGGGCAGAUGUUCUCUACACUGCGUCAAUACCUUUAACGACCGCUCUGUUGGGAGGCGAGGUUACAGUACCGACCCUUGAUGGGGAAGUCAAGGUCAAGGUCGCAACGGGCACCGGCACUGGCGAUCGGAUAACACUCGGUGGUAUGGGUAUGAAACGACUUGGUGGACGUGGUCCUGCUUCUGGUGACCUCCGUGUGGAAUUCAAGGUCAACAUGCCAAAAUAUUUAUCUGCCAAUCAACGAACCAUUCUUGAAAUGUUGGCAGACGAGAUGGGUGACAAAACCGCCAAGAGGAUCAUGAAUGUCAAUCAAUACAAGCAGGACCCUCCCAAGGAUACCACGUCGAAGCCAUCAAACAAAGCAGCGGACCACAAGAACGAAGGGUUUUUGAAGUCUGCAUGGCAUAAACUUACGCAUCAACAUGACAACCUGGAAGCGGAAGAAAAGGGCCCGCAGAAUAAAGCAGAUUCGAAAGACGACGAUGAGCCCAAGAAGGCAUCAGGCUCUGGGUGAGCCGUGAUCUUGACGGAAUCCCUACUUCUCGAUUUACAUAUCAUAGCGACGGCGAUGAACGGCUGAAUGGGCUGUGUUCUGGAUUUCUAGAGCGAGUUUCGUGACAUGGGGCACUUGGAUUGCCCGUUGUAUCUGAAGAUCGCGGCUUCGAAAAGUGUACAGUAUUCUUGCGACCUGAUUAUUGAGAGGACAGAAUACCCAUCUACUCGAGUGUAGAAAUAGUGAUUGAUACGACAUAACAACCUACAAUUAUUUCUGUAUUUUG